AGUAUCUGAGCCGUGCUGACGUUGGUGCUGUCCAAAGUGAUGAUGGCGUCCAUAGAGCAGUCCCUCCUGGAUCUGACAGAUAAAGAAACCCGGGAGAAGCUGUCGUUGUGGGACCGCCGCACGGACGCCAUGGCCCCUCUGACGGAGCGGCAGAUGGACUCUGUGCUGGAGCUGCGAGCCGCCGCAGAGGCGCUGCCUGUCCCCUCUGAGCUCCCCAUUGAAGACUUGUGCAGCCUGUCGUCCCGAUCCUUACAGUCCUUUAGUGCCACAGUGCCCGCGUCCACAGAGGACGUGCUGCUCAAGGGCUUUCAGAUGCUGGACAUGGAGAAUGACAGGAUAGAAACCGCGCAGCAGUUUUUUGCCUGGUUUGCCAAGUUACAAGCCAGCAUGGACCAAGAUGAUAUCGCAAAAUACAGGAAAACAAGGGAUGAUCUAUAUUGCUACCAAGAGCAAUGUGAUGCUAUUCUUAAAGAUGUUAGUGCUGCGUUAGACCAGCUGGACUCACUUCAGAAACAGUACCUUUUUGUGUCUAACAAGACCGGUACUCUCCACGAGGCCUGUGAACAACUCCUCAAAGAGCAGUCUGAGCUUGUUGACCUGGCUGAGAACAUUCAACAGAAGCUGUCAUAUUUUAAUGAGUUAGAAAACAUAAACACAAAACUAAACUCACCAACAUUGUCUGUAAAUAGUGAAGGCUUUAUACCAAUGCUUUCUAAACUUGAUGACUGCAUUGAAUAUGUUUCCUCCCAUCCUAAUUUUAAGGAUUAUCCUGUUUAUAUGGCCAAGUUUAAACAAUGUCUUUCAAAAGCUAUGCACUUUAUGAAGAUCCAUAUUGUAAACACUAUGCAGAACCUUACGAGUCAAUUAACAAAAAGGGAUCCAAUGGGCCUGGCAAAUGCAGACAAUGCCUUUACACUUUAUUACGUUAAGUUUCGAGCAGCUGCGCCUAAAGUUAGAACUUUAAUUGAACAGAUUGAACAGCGAGCAGAGAAAAUUCCUGAAUAUCAGCACCUCCUAGAUGAGAUUCACCAGUGUUACCUAGACCAGAGAGAGCAGCUGCUGAGCCCCAGUAUUACAUCCACCAUUACAGACCUGACCAACCAAAACAGCAAAGAUCACUGCGCUCUGGUUCGCAGCGGCUGUGCUUUCAUGGUGCAUGUGUGCCAGGAUGAACACCAACUGUAUAAUGAGUUUUUCUCCAAGCCUACGCCCAAACUAGACGAGUUGUUAGAGAAGCUGUGUUUGUCUUUAUAUGACGUCCUCCGGCCAAUGAUUAUCCACAUCAUCCACCUGGAAACACUCUCAGAGCUCUGCAGUAUCCUCAAGAACGAAAUGUUGGAAGAUCACGUUCAAAACAAUGCGGCACAGUUGGGAGCCUUUGAUGCGGUGGUGAAGCAGAUGCUGGAGGAUGUUCAGGAACGGCUUGUGUAUAGAACGCAUAUUUACAUCCAGACAGACAUCACGGGAUACAACCCGGCUCCAGGAGAUCUGGCAUAUCCGGAAAAAUUAGAAAUGAUGGAGAGAAUUGCUCAGAGCUUGAAGGAGGAGCAGAUGAAGCAGAUGUCGCAGGAAGCCUCGUUUUCUGAUGUCCAACUGGAGGAAGGUGACAGUAGAAGGAACAGUACUGCUGGAAGCAUGGAAUCAUCUCGCCUACAAACGUCCAUCUCUCCUGCUGAUCUGCACGGCAUGUGGUACCCGACUGUUAGACGAACACUAGUUUGUCUUUCCAAGCUCUACAGAUGCAUAGAUCGUGCUGUCUUCCAAGGUUUAUCUCAAGAAGCCUUAUCUGCCUGCAUCCAAUCUCUGCUCAAAGCCUCAGAAAUCAUCCUCAAAAACAAGACACAAAUAGACGGGCAACUUUUCCUGAUCAAGCACCUGCUGAUAAUGCGUGAACAGAUUGCCCCAUUUCACACCGAUUUUGCCAUCAAGGAAAUCUCACUGGACCUGAAGAAAACACGAGAUGCUGCCUUCAAAAUCCUCAACCCCAGGGCUGUUCCCAAACUCUUCCACCUUAACAGUCACAAUGCCAUCUUGGAGUUCCUAUUGGAGGGAACACCAGAGAUAAAGGAGCACUACAUUGACUCUAAGAAGGAUGUGGACCGGCACUUGAAGUUCAGCUGUGAGCAGUUCAUUCAGCAGCAGACUCAGAUCUUUGUGGGGAGCCUUGAGGAGUUUCUCACCAAGGUUGCAGCUCUUAAAACGACGGCUAUUCAAGGUGGUCCGACAUACAAUCUGGCUCAGCAACCUUGGGCACAGCCAGCAAAGAUCAACGAUAUAGUGAUGGCUACCUACCGAGUGAUGAAGAGCAAGCUGCCAAGCACUUUGCAGAGCAUGUCCUUGUACUUGGCCAAUAGAGACACUGAAUUCAUUCUUUUCAAGCCUGUCCGGAAUAACAUCCAGCAGGUAUUCCAGAGACUGCACUCUUUGCUUCAGGAGGAAUACAGCGGAGAGGACCUUCAAAUCAUCGCAUGUCCAUCUAUGGAACAGAUUAACCUUCUGCUGUCUGCGAAUAAGUAAUACCUGAGUUUGGUGUUGAAAUGCAAAGGAACGAGCUGGAUGGCACUGUGAUGUCGCAACAGCGGCCGUGACCAGGAGCCAGGUCUGAGAGAUGACGAGAGAACCGCGGGGAACGGUGCAAGCGGGGAAAAUCUGCACAUGACCAAAGAUACAGGCUUCUAGUGGGUUCAAGACAGUCACAUGAAUUGGUAUUAUUUUAUAGCAUCAAAAUACUGCCAUUCGGGUGAUGUGUAGCAGUGGAGAGAACUUUCUGAAUAAAGGAGCACAUAUCUCUUAAAGCAUAUGAAGAAGUUGUACACUACUAGUGUGUAGUAGGGUGGUGGGAAGAUGCAUUGUUCACAAAGCUAACUGGAGAUUGGUAAGAGUUUUUCAUGAGCCAGGUAAAGGCCUAUUGAUCAACUUGUACUCGUUUAGAUUUCUUUGAUGGAUUGGUAAAAACAACAUGCUGCAAAAAUCUUUUUAGUCAUUUAUUUUAAAAUGCAACAGACUUGUAAUAUUUAAAAGAACUCUAUUACGAGUUGAACUCCAGGCUCUCAGGUCCCAUCUGGUCCCCCCUGAUUAAAAGCCUCACAACAAUUGAGUUGUAACAUACUUCCACAUUCUUACCCACACUAUUUUUGUUAUUCUGUUGCAAAUAUGUAAAAAUAAAGAGUUGUUUUAUACAUUUGUUUUAUACCUAGGUUCAUUAAAAUACCGAUUUGUUGGCCUAAGCAGCUUUGCACUGUAUUCAUGUUUCCUACGAGUAACAAAGGAAGCAGGACUCUUGUCAGUAACAUUAGUUUUCAUGUGUUCUAUGUGAGAUGAUUUGUACAGCUCUACUAUUUAUGAACUUUCUGAUUAAAACAAGAUUAAUGAUG